ACAACGUGGUUCGUUAAAAUUCUCUUGAGGUUAUGUACAGAAUAAUAAUAUAAAAGAAAACAAUCAUAUUUAUUAAUUAAAUGAGUGAUAAAUUAAAAAUUAUCAAAAAUAUUAUUGCAUUUAUAUAAAGAAAUAAGAUAAAUUAAGAUUGUUGAAAAGUAAUUAUUAAAAAAAAAAAAAAAAAAUGAAGAUCAGCAAAGUGAAAAGAAGUAAUCAAAAACGAACAAAGCUCGCGAAACAAGGUAAAUUAAAAACUCGAAGACAUCGUGAUAAACCGAAAAAACAAAUUCAAAAACCUCAACAAUCGCGAAUCAACAAUACUCAGGAAGAUGAAGAAGGAAGUGAUGAUGAUAGAAAUAUGUUGGAAAUGGUGGAAAAAGAUGAUUUGUCUUUUCUCAAAGAAGCUAUUUCAAAUAAAUCCUAUGAACUUUUAAAAAAAAUUCGUUGUACAGACAAUCAAAAGCAAAGUAAAAAAUCUAAAAAAACACAAGAAAAUCUAGAAUACAGAUAUGAGAAAACAGCAUUCAAAGGAGUUGAAGAAGAUAUGGGAAAAGAAUUUAAAUUUCUUUUACCAAUUAAAACAAAAGAUGGAUUUGUUAAAACUAGAGCGAUUGAAAAAGAAAAUGUUGAAGAUGAAGAAAUGCUGGAAGAAGAAAAAGAAGAAGAUAAGGAAGUAGACGAAGAUGAAAAAAGUGAUACCGAUUCUUUAGAUUUAGAUUUAAAAGAGGAUACAAAGGAUUUAAAUGAAAUUGAACAUGUUUCAACGGCAAAAUUAUUGGCAUGUCGUGAAGAAGUUUUAAAAUCUCGACGUUAUACUAUUGGCAUUUUAUCGAGUAGCAUUUUGGAAGAUCCACAAUUAAGAUCGAAAAAUUUUACAAUGCUACUUGAUUUUAUGGAUGAGAAAAAUCCUGAAGUUUACAUUACUGUUAGAAAAUUAGCAACAGCAUCACUUCUUGAAAUUUUUAAAGAUAUUCUGCCAUCUUAUCACAUUACACAAGUUAAUCAAGAAGGAGUUAAAUUAAAAAAAGAUACAUUUCAACUACAAAACUAUGAAGCUGAUUUGUUAAAGAAUUACAAAAAUUAUUUGCAAAAAUUGGAGAAAAUGGCUAAAAUUUUAUACAAAAAAGGAAAUUCCAUGCGAAGAUUGAAUGAUCGUGAAAUUCAAUUGGCAUCAUUGGCCGUGAAUUGCAUGUGCGAUUUAUUGUUAACACAUCCAUAUUUCAAUUUUUCAAAUAAUAUCGCAAAAUUUCUUAUUCCAUUGUUAGAUAAUAAACUUUCAUCAAUAAGAGAAAUUGUCGUCAAAUGUUUUACACAAAUUUUCAAAGAAGACAAACGUGGAGAAUUAUCUUUGAUGAUUGUACAACAGUUAAAUAAAUAUAUAAAACCUCGUGGACAUACUGUUCAUCAUGAGGUAAUAUCUGUUUUAUUGGGAUUGCGAAUAAAAGAUAUAAAUUUGGAUAAAGAAAAAGAUGAGGAAUUAAAGAAGCAAAAAUUAAUGUCACAUAAGCAAAGAAUAUUAGCGUUAAGUAAACGUGAACGAAAGAAGAGUAAAAAACUUGAACAAGUUGAAAAAGAACUUUUAGAAACAAAAGCUGAGGAAAAUAAAAAGGCAAUGGAAAAAGUUUUCACCGAUAUUACAUCAUUGGUGUUUACAAUUUAUUUCCGAAUUUUAAAACAAGCACCAAGCAGUAAAAUUCUAUCAGCUUGCCUAGAAGGAUUAGCCAAAUUCGCCCAUUGUAUAAAUUUGGAAUUCUAUCAGGAUAUCGUCAAUGUUUUAAGUGCUUUAUUAGAGGAAGGAAAUUUAGCAUUGAGAGAAAGACUCAAUUGUAUUCAAACUGUUUUUAUUAUUUUGUCCGGUCAGGGUUCUGCAUUAAAUAUAGAUCCUCAUAGAUUUUAUUCUCAUCUUUAUAAAAAUCUAUUAAACGUUCAUGCAGGAAGAAGUUAUACGGAAAUUGAUGUUGUUUUGAAAGUAUUGGUUUUAGCGUUGGUUCAUCGACAGAAGAAUAUUACACAAAAUCGAUUAAUAGCGUUUGUAAAAAGAAUUGCUACCAUGGCUUUAGGUUUACAGCAUAAUGGAGCACUUGGCGCUCUUGGUGUAAUUAAAACAAUAAUGCAACUUGGAAAAGCAGCAUAUAUUUUAUUAGACACUGAUAGUGGCUGUGGCGAUGGUCUUUAUUUAUCAGAAUUAGAUGAUCCUGAAUAUUGUAAUGCAAAAUCUACAGCUUUAUGGGAAAUUAUUGCGUUGCAGCGACAUUAUCACAAUACUGUGCAUCAGGUUGCAAAAAAUAUUGCCUGGGAAGUUCCAGCCAGUGGAGAGGGCAGUUUAUCGCCUGAAAUUGCAAAAUUAAAUCCAGAAGAACUUUGCCAAGAAUACGAUCCUGUGACAGUUGCUUUUAAACCAGCAGUAGCUAUUCCAAAAAAAGUGACACCGAAAAUUUUAACGAAAUAUGAAUUUGCUAAUAUGAAAUUUGAAAAUUAUGUUAAUGAACGUUUCAACAAUGUUAUUAUCGACGAUGAAAAAUUCGAUAUUUGUGCUUCACUUCGGAAAAGAAAAUCUUUAAAUUUAGCAAAAGAAACGAAAAUUUCAAAAAGAAAACGAACGAAAUAAUGGAUUUAUUGUAUAUAGGAAUUAUAAACAUUUUUUUAAAUUUAGAAAUUAAUUACAAAUUUUUUCAAUUUUUGUAAACUAAAAAUAAAAUUGAACAAUACAUUUGUAUAAAUAAAAAAUAAUAAUAAAACAAAAUUUAGUUAUUAUUUA